GAAGAAGAAGAAGAAGUCAACACACUCUCUCUCUCUCUAAAAAAAUGACCUCAUAGAAAGAUAGAGAGAGAAAGAGAGAGAGAAAACGAGAGAUAGAGAUAGAGAGAUAGAGAGAGAGAGAAAAUUAGAACUAUCUCUAAUUGAAGCAAGACAAAAUGGGAAAGAAAAACUCUAAACUCAAACCAGAAACUAUUCAAAAACUAUGCGAGGAAACCUAUUUUACUGACAAGGAAAUCAAACAAUGGCACAAAGGCUUCCUCAAAGACUGUCCCAAUGGUCUACUAACAGAGACGGGGUUUAUUAAGAUCUACAAGCAGUUUUUCCCGCAAGGCGACCCUACCAAGUUCGCGUCCCUGGUGUUCCGUGUCUUUGAUGAGAAUAAUGACGGGUCUAUUGAAUUUGAGGAGUUUAUAAGAGCGCUUUCAAUAACAUCCAGAGGGAACGUGGACGAGAAACUGCUAUGGGCUUUCCGGCUAUAUGACGUUGACAAUGACGGGUUCAUAACAAGAGAGGAGAUGUACAGCAUAGUGGACGCGAUCUAUCAAAUGGUGGGACAGGCGCCCGGGGGAGAGGAGGAAAAUAAUCCCCAAAAAAGAGUCGACCAAAUUUUUUCCCAAAUGGACAAAAAUCAAGAUGAGAAAUUGACUUUGCAAGAAUUCAAGGAGGGAAGCAAGGCCGACCCACGCAUCGUUGAAGCUCUCUCUCUCGGCGACAAUUAAAGCUAGCUCUAAUGUGAGAUAGUCAAAAUGUAGAGCAAGAAUUGGGCUAUCUUUCGGCGUAAAGAUUGUGAGCGAGUGAGAGAGAGAAAGUGAGAAAAUUAAAGAAAGUUAUCAGAAGUUGUGAAAAUUUUCCUAUUUUUUGCUUGCUACAUGACUCUCUUUUUCUCUCUCUAUCUCUCUCACAUUUAAAGCUAGCUCUAAUGAGAAGCAGUCAAAAUGUAGAGCAAGAAUUGGGCUAUCGUUCUGUGUAAAGAGACUGAGCGAGGGAGUUAGAGAAAGUGAGAUAGAGAGAGAAAUGUGUGAUUAUCUUUAAAUUCAAUUCAGAUUUUGUAUGACAGCUCUCUCUUUCUUUCUCUCUCUAUCUCUCUCACAUUUAAAGCUAGCUCUAAUGUCAGGUAGUCAAAAUGUAGAGCAAGGAUUGAGCUAUCUUUCUGUAUAAAGAUUGUGAGCGAAUGAGAGAGAGAAAGAGAGAUAGAGAGAAAAAUGUGUGAUUAUCUUUAAUUUCAAUUCAGAUUUUGUAUGAAAACUCUUACUCUCUCUCUCCCUCUAUCUCUCUCACAUUUAAAGCUAGCUCUAAUGUGAGAUAGUCAAAAUGUAGAGCAAGGAUUGAGCUAUCUUUCUGUAUAAAGAUUGUGAGCGAGUGAGAGAGAGAAAGGGAGAUAGAGAGAAAAAUGUGAGAUUAUCUUUAAUUUCGAUUCAGAUUUUGUAUAAAAACUCUUACUCUCUCUCUCCCUCUAUCUCUCUCACAUUUAAAGCUAGCUCUAAUGUGAGAUAAUCAAAAUGUAGAGCAAAAAUUGGGCUAUCCUUUUGUGUAAAGAGAGUGAGCGAGUGAGUUAGAGAAAGUGAGAUAGAGAGAGAAAUGUGUGAUUAUCUUU